CGUCAUCGUGACCGCCUCCGUCGACGGGCUCAUGGUCGAGUACGCGCAGCGCGAGCCAUUUGCGACCCGCGGUCAAAUCCAAGCCAUUAUGUACGCGCUCAUGGGGUCGGGCGGUCUCAUGGCGCGCUUCUUCAACCAGUUUUUUCUCAACGGCGCCCGGUACGGUGGCAACUACGACUUCUCCGCGGGUCCCAACGUCCCGUACUGGAUGGGUGUUGGCAUGGCGCUGGCGGCCCUCACAUGCGUCCUCGGUCUCAUUGUCGACUCCAAGAAGCGCGCGUCGCACGACCUACGCACCUGGUCGGCGGGGCUCUGGACGCUCUUGACGAGUCGCGUCGUGUUCCAGCUGCUCGCAUUCCGCUUCGCGUUCAACCUCUUUGCCAUGAUCACCGGUAGCCCCAUUUACGCGUGGGUCACCAACCUCGACAUGGGUUGGAUCAACAUCACGCCGCGCAUGCUCUUCGUGCCGGCGACGAUCCACUAUGGCCGCUUUGCGCUGCAGUGGAACUGGCGCCGCGUCGUCGCCGUCACGACCGUCUCCAACAUUGUGCUCAUGGCCCUCGCCACGUUCUUUGUCAUCUACGACGUCUCGCGCAACGCGUGGGUUUUCACAGCGCUCUUCUUGCUCACGGGCAUUCCAGUUGCCAUUACCAACCUCGUCACGGGCUUUGCCAUGGUCGAGAUGGCCGGCGUCGGCUACGAAGCCGUCAUUGCGGGUCUCUGGGCCACCAUCCGCGACCUCAACGUGCCGAUCGCCAACAAGGUGCGCACGUCGCUCGUCGACGAGUUCCCGGCCGUCAUGAGCAUGAAGAACGACUCACACACACACAACCAAGUCGCGUACCCGCACAUCAUCGGCUUCUCGAUCCAAGUUGUGGGCCUCAUCUGGCUUGUGCUGCUGCCGUCGCAGAAGACGCCACUGGCCAUGAUGAAGUCGCACGGCGCCUCGCGUGUCGCGGGUGUGCUUGUCGUGCUUGGUUACGUCGCGCUCGUCACCUUUUCGUGGCAGCAAGCCCUCGAAAAGUACUAGCUUGUCUAUUUAACGCCCUCCCAAUAAACUAAACACAAAUGCAUAUACUGCGGACAUGCAAAUCACG